AUGCCUUUUUCUAACUCUGGGUUCCUUUUACAUCCUGCUCUCCCUCCUUGCCUGGUAGGACUUUUAUUUCUGAGAGUGUCUGGACAGUCUCCUGCUUUCUACAAAAUGGCACUCUGCCUGGGUAUUUGUGAAUGUGUCCCAAAGACCAAUAUGCCAUAUCUUCCUUGUUUAAGUGUGACUGUCAUGAUAGAGUUUAUCCAGGGUCAUUUGCUCUGUAACUUUUUUUUUUUUUUUUUGGCCUGGGUUGAAAGGUAUAUGGCUCACAUUGGUAAAAAUACAGAAUACCUAGUUUUUCUUAGUCCUGGCUGCAUCCCACCAGCCACAAAGAUGUCUGUCCACAAAGGCCCAUGA